GUCAUGGCGGAGCGGUGGCGGGACGUGUGCGGGGUGCGCAUCGCCCCGGCCGAGCUGCGCUUCAGCGAUGCGGUCCCGGGGAGCUGCUACCGCGCCGCCCUCACCGUGCAGAACCUGCGGGCGGGCGCCUGCCGCCUGCGCCCCCCCCCCCCCCUUAAAUUGCAGUUUAAAUUGAUUGUGGAAAAUCCAGAAAAACCCAUUGCAUCUGGACUUCAGUUUAAAGCUGUUGUGGAAUAUACUCCCAAGUCUACAGAAGAUCUUCGGGAUAAACUAACUCUUUUAGUAGAUGAUGACAUAGUUCAUAUCCCCCUGCUUGGAUUAAUUCCAUCCUGUGAUCUGGAAGUAGAGUCAGAGGUUAAUUUUGGUGAAAUGAUUGCAAACAAUAAACUAGUUACUAAAGAGUUUAGUAUUUCUAACCGUGGAACAACUUCAGGUAUAUUUAGAAUAUCAUAUGAUGGGGUUGUCCUGUUUAACAUAAAACCUGUCAGAGGAGCAGUAAAGCCAAAAUCUGUAAGGAAAAUUGGAGUGGAUAUCUGCACAGAUGUACCUGGAGUCAUCAAUGAAGUGAUGAAAGUGGAGUUGGAAAAUCGUGGCUGCACUGAAGUACGGAUCAGAGGUGUUGUGGUUGAACAAGUUCUUAAAGUUCUUGGAGUGUCUUGUGGAAAAGUACUGAAAUGUGUUAACUUUGGACCUCUUUACUUUGGGACUUCAAAGACAGAACAAAUACACUUAUACAAUGAAAGCCCUGAGUCUAUGGAUUGGGUAGCAGUACUGGAAGAAAAUGCCAUUGGAGGAGAGAUGGGGACAGAUCUUCAGGGGAGUACAGAUGCUGUUUUACACAACUUAAGCCUGAAAAAUAAAGAUGUAGAUGUUUGCAGCUUGGUCUUGUGCGUUCCUGAUCAAGGAACUUUGCUGCCUUAUGAGAAAACAUUGAUUACACUCUGCUUUAGUCCAGAAAAAUUUGAAAGAGACUUUGAAGUGAACGACACAUUACUGAUUCAAGAUUAUGUCCUGUUUCUGAGUUUUGAAUCUGUUGGGAAGAGAGGUGACUGUCUGCAGAACCUCAGUGGUGAUGCCACUGCAACCAAAAGAAAUAAUUCUCGUCAGGUGGACUUAGCGUUGAUGGGUUCUGGGUUUCCUGUGUUAUUAACUUUUAAGCCAGGAACAGUAAUUAAUUUUAAAGACUGUUAUUUGGGUGAAAAAGUACAAGUUGUGUGCACAAUGAAAAAUGAAUCCGAGUUCCUUCCAGUAAUGUUCCGCUUCUGCAAGACUGCUCACUUCAGUGUUUCUCCUGGAAGAGGAAAACUUAAAAAAAAAUCUGAAAAGGAAGUGAUGAUUUCAUUUACUCCACAUCAAAUAGGAACAUUUGAGAUGAAGCAAAUUAUUGAUAUCAUUGGUGCAGGAGUAGAUAAAAGUAAUGUAGAUGUUUUGAAGACAUGCACAAAAUCCUUUCACCAAAUAUGUUUGACCUUACGUGGUGUGUGCAAAUCCAAACGAAAAAGCGUUGUAUUUACAAUUAAUCCUGGUCUAACACCCUUGAUUUCCAAUGCAACUGGACAGUUUGUAGUUCGUGGCACAGGACAGCUCAGUGAUACAGCACCUGUGGCAAUCCUUAAAUCAACCCAAACACAAAUUCAUACUCACUGGAAAAACAGGAAUUGUAAGGAUAAUGCACUUACAGCUUUUCCUAAUGAUCGUGCAGCCAGCCUUAGGCCUAGUGAAUGGAACAAAAAGUACAGGACUAUUUUCACAAAGACUGAGAGAUAUAAUUAUGUAGACCCAGAAUUUGCUUAUACUGACUCUGAACGACUGUUAAGAGAAGAAAAUAAGAAACACUAUGUAGACUUCAUUUCCCGUUUAAGACAGCAUCGUUUAGAGAAAGAGGCUAUUAGGCAGUUUUAUAUUCGUAACAAUCCUGUGAGCAUAGGCAUUAAACCAGCUGAAGGUCUUCAGUCACCCAACAUCUCAGUCUCAGAUUUUCUCAAGGAGAAGCCACAGCCCAAAAUGGUUCCUUUAGAUGACGAUUGCGUGUUAAGUAGUCGAAAAUUGGCAUCAAUUGCUUCUAAAUCUACAAACAAAGGAGUUUGGAGCUGGCUUAGUCCUGUGCCAUCUUCUACCCAGGAAAAGGAAGAUUGUAGACUAACUUUAACACACAAACAGCUUCAUCAAAUAUUCAUUGGUCCUUCUACUAUAGAUUUUGGUGAUGUUUGUGUGCAUUCUACAACAACCAAAGAACUGCACAUCAUCAAUAACUUGUCAGUUCAUAUUUGGAUACAAAUUGAGAUUGAAGUUGCAGAAUUGCAGGAGACAUCUCCAUUGUCUCAGGUGGUGCCUCCUCUGACAAAAACUCAUAUUCCAGUUGUGUUUGAGACAACCACUGUUGGAAUGUUUAAAACCUGUUUCAAUUACAAAAUAAACAACCGACACAUUGGACAUGUUCUGGUAAUGGCACAUGCAAUGCCUAUUGAGCUUGAGCUGUCUACAAGGGAACUGAUUUUGAGUCCUGUUCCUGGCUGCCUAGCAGGGACAGAGUUUAGAAACACUAUCACAGUAUGCAAUCCCAGAAACCAUCCUGCUAGCUUUACUUGGAGACCUGUAACUGGAGAUAGAAAAUCUGCAUUUACUGUAAAGCCAACCAGAGGGUUUGUGGAGCCCUAUAGUGAUGUGGAGUGUGAAGUUGUUUGGCAUCCAGGGUUCAACACUCCAGAAACAGGACAAUUUCUCUUGUGUGUGCGCAAAGGAAAUUCAGUUAACUUGAAAUGUUCUGCAAAGUUUGGUACUGCUAAAGUUCAGUUUAUGGCUCAAAAUAUAUCCUUCACUCGUAGUCCAAUUGGUGUCACUACUUGUAAGACAGCCCGUAUUCUAAACACAGGCUACAACCAUGCAUACUUCCAAGUUGUCGACUCAAACCCACUGCCUGGAAUGAAGAUCACCCCCUCUGUAGGAGUGGUACCUGUGGGAGGCGUUGCUGAUCUCAAAAUCUCUUUCACUCCAAAGACAUACAUGAAUUUUGAUAAAAAAGUGGAGGUAGCAGUGAGGAAUGCAGCAAAACUCUUGCUUAGGAUUAGUGGAUUUUCAGAGAUUGCUGAAAUAGACAUUGAUGUGAAAACAUUUGAUUAUGCAAGUAUUUGUGUUGGCACUACAAAAUCAAUUCCAUUUUUGCUGCAGAACAAAGGAAAAUCAUGUAUCAGAGUGGAGUUUGAUUUUUCUAACUAUAGGGAAUUUAAAUUGAAAACUGAAGACAAUUCAGUGAUUGAGCGUUCUCGUUCAAAGCCUUAUUUGUAUUCACUUAACUUAGAGGAAACAUCAUCUGUGAAAUGCUGCUUGACCCUUACACCAGAAAAGGUGGCAAAUCAUGACUUUGAUCUCCCAAUUGCUACUCAGGCCAGUUCCCCACCUCCAGUUUCUGAGGCACCUCAGGAACACCCAGUGGUCCGGGCUCUUCCAUUAUGUAGAGUCAGAGCUGUUGUAAUGGAACCGGUAUUGAAGUUCUCCUCAAUGGAACUUAAAUUUGAACAAUAUUUGAGUGACAUGUGUUCCAAUACUGCUGAUGAGAAUAUGAAUUCUCAGACCCUUGUCCUAAAGUCUCUCUCAAAUGUGAGCGUGAUAUGGAAAUUGGACUUUGGUGGUGAAGACAAAAAUAUGGAAGAUGGUAUUUUCAGAUUUAGUAUGAAGUGUGGAUGUCUUCAAAAAGAUGAAGAAGUCAGUAUUACUGUGUCGUUCUGCCCUCCAGCUUGUCCUGGGACAUAUACAUCUGAAAUAUCCUUGUAUGCAAAUAAUAGUCCAUUACCACAUGUGCUAACGUUGUCUGGCAUACUGAAGUCGCCAAAAAUAAAUUUUCAUCCCCCCUUUUUAAUGCUGAUGCCAGUUCCUCUGGAUGUGGAAACUGAAGCAGUUGUCACCAUAAUUCCACAGGAUUUUAAAAGGCCAGCACGAAUUAACGUUAAACUUCCUGAGCUUGAACUUCCAGAUGGUACCAGGACUUGCCCUUUUUCUGUGCAGUUCCCAGAGGGACAAGAUAUUGUUCUUUCAUCAGAUGGCACAGCUAAUGAACUGACUUGCCGUAUCUGCUUCAGAUCAUCUAAGCCAAUGUCAUUUUUAAGGGAAAUGCUCUUCAUUGAUCAAGAAGAAAACAGGUUCUCAUUUCUGGUUGCUGGAACAACAGACAAUUGUCUUCUUACAUUAUAUCCAUACUUGGCAUUGCACUGCUUUGAUCAAAAAAUUGUCUGGAGAAGCAACAAUAAAGACUUCAGCACUGGAGAAGUUGUUCUACAGCCAUGUUUUACACCACAAUCAUCUUCACGUAGUUAUUCCACAAGUUCUUUAGGUGCAACUAGUGGCUCAACCUAUGAAGAUUCUCUGUCAGAGAGUACCACUGAUGAAAGUGAGAGUGAUGAAUAUGAAAGUGAAGAGAGUGAAGAAACAAGUGAAGAGAGUGAAGCUGACAGUGAAAGUGAUGGGAACGGAAAUAAACGUGAAGUAUCAUUUUUUCCUGAUGAAGAUAAGGAGGAGUUCACCUUCUUUCAAAAGACCCUAGCUGCUGUGAAGAGUUGGUUCACACUCUUUGGCUGGCCUAAGGGACAAAAUCCCAUUUCAAUACCUCAUUCACUGAGAUGCGAUACGUGUAUAGUCCAGCAAACCAUCGCACGAGAAAGGAAUUUUAAACGAAAGGUUGACAAAGAUAAGGGUUUCUAUGAGAUGUUACGGCAUCUGAAUGGGCAGCCAAUACCAGGCAUUGCAGUGAGCCAGUCCUUGUCCCCUCAUCCAGUAAAAAGAAUGUUCCAUCUCCACUGGCAGCAUUCUGAAUUGCUGUCCUUCCUUAAAAGCCAAGGAGCAUGUCUUUCUCAUAUUAUGCCAGAAUUUCUGCUUACACCUGAAGAUUAUGAGAUAUGGACUGAAGUGAAUACUGGAUUAAGGUAUUUCACACCUGAAGUGAAGAGAGAAAGUGUGAGAAGCUCAGGCAAAUUAAGUAGCAGGAGUAUUUUUGUUCUGGAGAACAAAGCAUUUGAGACAAUGAGCAAACGAGCUUGGACAGAUGUGCUGCUGCAGAUGUACAAGGUGUUUGUUCUUCCACGUGUUUCUUCCCGUAUUUUUCCUGACCCACUGAGCUUGGAAAGCUUGCAGAACAUGCCAGGAAUAAAAUCAGAACCUUUAUGCAGUAAUAUAUAUUCUCGAUAUGAACGAGCCAUCCUCAUCUGGUUGAAUAAAAAUUUUGAGAAAAAUCGACAAAUUAUGUGGAAAGAUAGUCAAAGAGGUGGAAUACCACCCAUGAGAUGGAUAGUGAACUUUGACCAAGAUCUUCUAGAUGGUCUGGUACUGGCAGCACAGAUGGCAUCUUAUUGCCCAUAUUUGAUUUCAACUCACUUCAUAAAGAUGUAUACUGAUCCAAGGACUCAUGAACAGCUUCUGCACAACUCCUUGAUACUUGUGAAGGCUCUGCAUGCUAUCAAUCUGGAUAUGGACAUAAAGGCCACUGAUAUCUGUGAUCCAAACCCUGUCAUGAUGCUUAUUUUGUGUGUCCAGUUGUAUGACACUCUUCCUCAGUACUUACCCAAGAACACUAUAGAAUUUACAGGUGGUCUCCAUGCAACUAUCGUGAAGCAGGUGCAGCUGAGAAACCAGAGCAGUAAUACUUUGGCAUACAAUGCUAUUCUUGUGGGAAGAGAUGCUGAUGAUUUCUCGUUGCCUAAAGGAAACACUGUUACCAUUCCCCCUACAAGAGAAGGCUUUAUAAAUGUGGAAUUCACAAUUCGUUUCCUGCACCCUGCUGAAGCAGUAUUGAUACUGAUUGCAAAUAAAGUUGAUGGAGUAAAUGGUGCCACACUGACAUUCUCUCUGAAAUCUGAAGUUAAGAAUAUUGACCCUCUUGGUACAAUGAAGUGCAGAUCCCCAUGUUAUGAACUGAAGAAAAUUAACCUAAAUGUUACUAAUCCCUUCAAAAUGGAUGGCAUAUUCAGGAUAAUUUUGCUGGAAUCCACACACUGUUUAGUGCACCCAGAGAAAAUGUAUCAAGCCAGGCAAGUAAAGCAAGACCAAAAGUUUAGUUCUGAAAAUAGCAUAUUAAAUUCAAAAAAUGGUGCACCCCCUGAAGAUUCAAAGAAAGAGACUUGCCUAGCUGAUCAGUCUGGGCUCCUGCAUGAGUUCUUCAGUCCAUUGGAAACACUGUUCUUGAAAGGGAAAGGUUCUGCAGCCUUAGAUAUUCACUUCCUUCCCUUUCAUCAGGAAAAGCGUUACUGUGCUGUCAUUCUGGUUAAUGAAAAGAUUGGAGACUUUGUAUACCUGAUUGAGGGAAUAGGUGAUUUACCUCUGCCUUCCGAAUUGCCUGCACUGGAUAGUCCAAAUGUUUUGCGUGCUACCAAUAACUCAGAAGAUGCAAGCACAGUACAGCCAGUUUUAUAUUUGAAAUGUGGGCUUGGUCAGACUCUGAAGGAACAUCUGAGGAUCCCACUGAUCAAUGAGUCAAGGGAGAGGGCCCUGGCUCUUGCUGCUCAGCAGCAGAUGUCAGCUAUUGAGUAUGAAAGGAGACUGAUAACUGGGACUCUGCAGAGCAGCAGCGUUCGAGUUGCAACUGCAUUGUUGGGGCUGUCCAAAGUAGAGAGACGUGCACUCCUGAAUCCUCGUAAGCACCCCUCAGAGAUGAAGUACGUGGAUUACAGUGUAGAAGUGAGCAUGAAACAGUUCUUUCAAGUUCCUAAAAAGUUCUCUAUUCCAGUGUUAGCUUCAGCCAGAGUUAAUUUGGAUACUUCAUCAGCCAAAUACCCUACAUUUCAGAAAACAGGUGGAAAUGAUACAGUUGAGUUUCCUAUAAAAUUCACUCCUAAGUAUGCUGGUUGCUACCACUGUCAGAUUCUUUUGAAGUCAUCCAGUGAUAUUCGUGUCUAUGAGAUUGAAUGUGUGGUGAAUGCAGACCAGGCCGAUGCACAGGUUGAAUUUCUAACUCCAGCUUUCCAGGCAGUGACUCAGGAAAUUCCAAUUAAUAACAUAUCCAGUGAGGACUGGAGGUUUGAAGCAAUUUUGGAAGGACAGUGUUUUCAUGGCCCUGCUGUAAUAAAUGUGCCUGUAGGUGAAACAGUUCCAUAUCCUCUCACGUUCAAGCCAGUUGCCGAGUCUGUAAUAAAGGGAAGGCUUAUUCUGAGAAAUAUUACAACUGGAACCCAGAACAUCUUUAGUCUUAAGGGAAUAGGGAAGAAACCUCUGCCUCAGGAUUGCAUUUUCAUAGAGUGCCAAGUGGGAAAGGUCUCUCAUAAAAUCUUAUGGGUGCACAAUUAUACCAAGAAGAUGCUAAAAUACAAGGUGUAUUCCAAUCUCUCAAUGCUGAGUGGUGCCCCUGAUCUGACUAUCAACCCAGAGGACACUGCAGCUUACACUUUGAGUAUAUCUCCCUGCAGACGAGGAGUCUUUCAAGGUGUAAUUUCAUUUGUUGCUCAAGAUGAAGACCAACAGCAGCCUCAAGGCAGCAGCUCACCAGAGAAGACAGGUGGCAAACAGGCCCUUCAGAAACUGCCAGAGGGGACUCCACAAGAUCUUGAUGCAGGUAACAUUGGAGGAAAUUCUACAAAUUGCAAAGUGUGGUUCUCCUUGAAGAUUUACAGCUCACCUGCAGCAGCAGAAAAGACAAUAGAAGUGGAUUGCAGAGCUCUGGAUACUGUUGGAAUUAAUAUUCCCAUCACUAAUCCUAUCAAUAAAGUUCUCAAGAUGAGUGUGCUACUGGACCAUCCAUCCCUUUCUGGAGAAAAAUCUUUCAUUAUCAGGCCCAAACAAACAUUUUCAUAUCACCUACAGUUUUCUGCAGCUCAUCUUGGCUCUUUUACUGGAAGUGUCAUGUUCCGGUCAGAUGUGAUUGGAGAAUUUUGGUAUGCCCUGAAGUUCAAUGUAGAAAAGCCAUCACCAGUCUUGCUACCUGAUGUAGCAUGUGAGCUUGGAAAAUGGGCUCAUAUGCACAUACCUCUUGCUAAUCCUACUCAUGAAGCUCUGGUGCUAAAAAUGCAUAACAGUGAUCCCAGCCAUUUUGUAGUUGAGACUGACCCAGAACAACUUCUGACUCUUCCUCCUCAUUCCACCACCCAUCUGCCUGUGAGAUUCUUUCCCUCUGCCCUUGGAAGACGCAAUCACAAGGCAACAAUAACCUUCAAAUGCCCAAAGUUUGGAGAGCGGAUAUUUCACCUGGUGGGAUCUGGAGUUCCUCCUGAGUGCAUGGAAACAACCACCAUGAGUGCCUGCAUUGGCGAGUACUCCUCGACCAUCAUCCCCUUCGAGAACCCAACUACUGAAAGUGUGCUGGUGGAUAUCGUGCUGGCAGAUGAGGGGCUGUUGAAUCAGCAUCUGAAUGCAUCUGUCCUGUCUCAGGCCACCUGUACAGAAUCUGUUUUUCAUCUUAUGGUUAAACAGCCACGAGGAAUCCGAUUAGCUCCAAAAGAAAAACUGGAAAUCCCUGUGUUAUUCAUGCCAGCUGAAAUGAAAAUUUAUAAAGCAGUGGUGGUAAUAAAUGUAACGAGGGAAAACGGUGAAAACUGGCCCUAUGUGGUUGCUACUGGAUCAAAUACAGACUUAGCCAGAACUGUCACUCUAGCAGAGAACGGGAAAAUUCAGGGAAUACUCUGGAUCUAUCCAAUUAAUGGAACAUCUGAAGCACCACAGCAGAAAUCUGUUGUGAUUCGCUGCCAGGCCAGGCAGAGACUGGAGCAGAGAGUAGAGCUGCUGCUGAUUGGUGUAUUGCCUGCUGCCACUGCUCUGCCUGCUGCAGGGAAUUCUGCCGUGGCUGAUGUGGAUGAGUUGUCCAAUGCCCCAGAAUGCACUGAUGGUUCCCCUGCAACACUGGAGUUUCUGUAUGAAUUGCAGUAUCAAUCAGAUGAAAUUAGAUCUCAGCUUGACUCUUUGGUUGGUAUACACCUGGUUGAGAAAGAAUGGGAUACAGAAUCCAGAAUUGUGACUCUGAUCUUUAAUGUAGUGUUUGUGCCUAGCAAACCAAUGAGGAAUGAGGCAACUGUCACAAUUCAGUGUACUACAGGAGGCCUUUGGAAGUUUCCAUUGGUGUUCAUUGCCACGGAGCCAGAAGUGGAUGAUGUGAUCAACAUUGAAGCAGUUGGCCUGAAUAAGGAAUCCAUAGUUGGCUUUAAGCUCACAAGCCAGACAAGGUACCCAGAGCCAUUCACGGCACACUUCCUGGCGGGCAGCGAUCCCGAUUUCCUUGUGAUGCCAAAAGCUGGAGUGCUUCUCCCAGAAGGCACUGUGGGAACCCAUAUAACAGUGGGAUACAAGCCAAGGAUGUAUGGCAAGAAGCACACAGCAACACUGGUCAUUGAGACACAAUCAAUGCAGUGGACAUAUGUAAUCAAUGGACUUCCUCCACAGACUGUACCACCUACAGUGUCAGCAAAAGUGGUUUGCACCAGCAGCUACAUAGGAUCAUUCACAGUCCGACAGCGCAAUUUUAUACGUGAAAAUCUGAAACUUAUAACCACUGGAGCAUCCUCACCAAUCAAAGGAGCACCUUUGGUCCUUAGGAAGAAACAGAGAAAGUUAUAGUCUGUUAAUUUUUUGGUGAGAGAAC